UUUCAGGUUGAGUGGGUCCUGGCAGCGUUGCUGGGGAGCCCUCUGCCUUCACGAGCAGAGAAAGCAUGAAUGAAGGUGUCAGGUGAUUCUGGCUUUCUUCAUUGCAUGAAGAGCCUCAGGUUCUUCGGUGUCAGGAGAAAAACCAAAAUCCUGAUUUUUGUGUCUCUUGUGUGGAUUCUAUCCAUCCCGGUGUAUCUCCUCUUCAGUCGAAAUGCUCUUGGGGAGGAAUACAAUGAAGGAUUGAAGUUGAAGUCAAAUUUCAGUCCCAAUGAAGUUCCCUCUAUGCUUCGUCUGUCCAACUCUGAGAAGCAAGAGUGGAGAUACUUUGAUGAGAGAAAAUACAUAGAAGAGAAGUCUCUAAGGGUUGGAGAGGAUCCAUACAGGAGAAAUAAAUUCAAUCAGGCCAUUAGUGACUCCUUGAAGACCAACCGACCCAUUCCAGAUACAAGACAUCCUGCUUGUCAGAAUGUGAUGCUACACGAUGAUCUUCCUUCUGCAAGUGUGAUCAUUACCUUUCAUAACGAAGCCCGUUCUGCCUUGCUGAGGACUAUAGUCAGUGUCCUGAACAGGAGUCCAGAGAAGUUAAUCAAGGAGAUAAUUUUAGUGGAUGAUUUCAGUGAUGAUGCUUCUGAUGGAGAAGAACUGGAAAAACUGGAGAAGGUGCGAGUUCUCCGCAAUGAUAAAAGAGAGGGUCUGAUGCGUUCUCGAGUUAAAGGAGCUGAUGCAGCCGAAGCUGAAAUCCUCGUCUUUUUGGACAGCCAUUGUGAAUGCAAUGUGGGAUGGCUAGAGCCCCUACUGCAGCGUAUUGUUGAGGAUCGGAUGCGAGUGGUGAGCCCCACCAUUGACGUGAUCGACUUGGAUAACUUCCAGUACAAAGCAGCUUCCAGUAACCUGAAAGGUGGAUUUGACUGGAAUCUAGUCUUCAAAUGGGUGCGCCUCACUCCCAGUGAACGGGAGCAUCGUGAAACUCACCCUACUGAUUCUAUCAGGACUCCAAUGAUAGCUGGUGGACUUUUUGCCAUAGACAGACGCUUUUUUGAGAAGUUGGGGAAAUAUGACAUGCAAAUGAAUAUAUGGGGCGGAGAGAAUUUUGAAAUAUCUUUUCGGGUGUGGAGCUGUGGUGGGAGCCUUGAGAUUCUGCCAUGUUCCCGAGUGGGUCAUGUAUUCCGGAAACAGCAUCCAUACUCUUUCCCAGGAGGCGGAGGAGGUCAUGUUUUUAUGUACAAUACCCGGCGCACUGCUGAGGUGUGGAUGGAUGAGUACAAGACUUUAUAUUACAAGGCUGUUCCUCUUGCUCAACGUGUGCCUAUUGGAGACAUUUCAGAGAGGUUGGCCUUGAGGAAGUCUCUUGGGUGCAAACCAUUCUCUUGGUACCUAGAGAACAUAUAUCCUGAAUUGCGAGUUCCCUCUGAAUCCAGUGGAGGUGGGAAGUCAUUUCCUGAACUUAAGCAAGGAUCUCUGUGUUUGGAUUCCUUAGGAAAAGGGUAUUCUAAUCCCAUCUACCUCUACCCUUGCCAUGGUCAAGGUGGAAACCAGGCAUGGGCUCUGACAUCAAAUGGACUAUUGGAGAAUCUGAAUGGUCAAGGGUGUUUAGAACUCCAAAUGGGUUCUACCUUGAAUGUCAUCCAUGCUUUAUGCUCUCCCCACAACCCCAAUCAGAUGUGGACUUACUUGGAAAAGCAGCUGAUGCUGAAGCACCAAAAUUCACAGAUGUGCCUAGAUUCCCAGUCAAAUAACGAACUGCUGGACCUGAACUCUCGACCUGUGAUUGCACGCAACUGUCGACCCGACUCAGCAUCUCAGAAAUGGUUUCUUACUACUUCCUAAAUUGAUGGAUCUCCUCCUGUCAGUUUCCUUCUCUCUGAAGCAAGCCGAAAUUUUCAUUUUUAACAAAGAGAUUAUGCUAAGGUGAUGCUUAUUGAAAUGGGCUACAGCUCUAUGGGCUUCCAUUUUGAACCAUUUGGAUACAAUGACUUUAAAAAAAUUGUAUGUAGUGUUAUAAUUCCAUGUCUUCAUGGUGUCAAAAAAAAUAACUUUAUGGGCAUAUUUCUGCUGGAUACUGGCAUCUAAUUACUUAUGAACUGGACUUGGACUUAAGAAACUUUGUGUGGGUCAGCAUUCUGCAGUGUUGUAUGCAUGAUAUUAUUUUUUUGUUUUUAUUGAAUGUAUUUUGUUGGACUUGUACCACCCCACAAGUCAAAUAGUUCAGGGUUGCAAUCCUUAUCAUCCCAUAUUCACAAGUGAUUUUUAUGUAGCAAUACCAGAUUAGGCAAAUGUGAUGGACCCAUCCAUUGAAGGAUUCAAUCAGCUAGAUUGUCUUGUUUUUUUCAUGUUUCGUUGCUGGCAUUUAUACUAUAAACUUUGUUCCAAUGUUAUUGCAUUAUACACAAAUACUCAGGUGGAAUGCACCAGAAAUGCAUAUUUCUGUAUGUCUCUUGAGUGGAGCCAGAUUUUUGUACUAUCAGCUAGGAAAUGUAAAACAAGAAGCAUCCUAAAUCCAUCAAUCCCAACGAAAUUGUUUUUGGUGAGCCAUUUUCAUGAUUUUCAUUUGUAUCAUGUAAGGCUGGGAGAAGUUAUGUUGGAACUCUGUUUUGAUGUAUUUGUGGUCUCUGAAUAUUUUAAUGCCAGGAAUCGAGACUAGUCACAUUAUUUUCUACAUUUAUGUAGAAACUUCAAACUUGUUUUGUCCCCUAUUACUUGGAGCAUUUGUUUUUUUU